AUGCGGAGCGACAUGCAAGAAUCCGAUCAUGACGAAGUUUCUGCAGAUGAUAGCCAGUAUGCGGGCAGCGAAUAUCAGUCUUCCUCAGACGGUCAGCGUGAGGGCCGCUUCUAUGGGCCCGACAGCAGCUGGAGAUACUACACUCAGGAUGAGCGCGCUCUGGCGGCUUCCCUCCAGCAUAUUGAGAACAACGAUCUGAGCAUAGCCCUUUACAACGUGCAUGCCAUGAAGGCACGGGCUCGCGGAGCAGAGGUCAUCUCAAUCGUAAAGCCGUGGCACUGCAAGGCGCGCUGGAUCCAAGCUGAUAGAGACGGCAAUGAGCCGUUUCAGCCGCCUCCAAAAUGGACAGCUUGGCCAUUGAAGCCUGAGACGGUGCCUCGAACGCGUGAAGUCUGGGGGGUUGCUCUUCCUCACCCAGAUGUAGACUCUGAGACGUUCUCAAAGGUAGAGGUAUGGAAACCGAGUCUCAACCUGGAAGAAGAGUUGAAGGCGGUGUUCCUUCGGCAGGCCAAACUUAACUUCAAUCAGCGACAUUGGAUAGCCGGCUCUCUCAGCGCAUCUCAUUCGAGCGAGGUGUCGCAUUCAUCUGCCACUUCGAGUGAUCGGGAGGGCAAGAGGAUGGUGACAGAAGAUGAGCAAGCGGAGUCGUUGUCGGGGGACGCUCACUCUGAGUCUGGAUCAGUGUCGAUACCGCUUUUCAUGGCCGACGAUGACUUAUCAGGCUCGAUAUUACAGCCUACUAUCAGGCACAUUAUUUCCAAACAGGACGAACUGCUCGCUACACUCCACCAAAGCCGACGGGGACACCGUAUGGACCACUCGUUUUCCACGCGAGCAAAGCGCAAGGCACCGUCUGGCUAUGGGUCUGCAACCCACGAUGAGAAAUUCGGCAAAGCAAUUCGAAAGCGGAAACGUAUUGUAUCCGAAGUUGCUGAACUACCAAAGGAGCAGCAAAGUGUCGAAGAAAUCAACGAGAAGCCUGCCCGCAAAGCGAGAGGGCAGUACAGGCGAACGCCAGGCCAACGGGACUGGAGCGAGGUUCUUGGUAUAGCGACCAUGGCGGGCUGGGAUCAGGCUGUUAUCGAUCGAGCUGCUCGAAGAUGCGCUGCCAUAUUCGGAGAAUCGAUGAGCAUGCGCUGUAUGGCAGAGACAUCUACACACUCCUUACAGGAUAAGACCAUUGUCUAUGCCCCGGACAUGAUUCCUCCAAUCGAAACUAUGGAUGUGCAACCGGAAGAAGCCAUCGAUGAGUACACGAAUUCAUGUCCGCACAAGGCUUGUCGACGCCACCAUGACCCGUACGAGAAACGCUGGCGCCUGCGAGAGCACCUAAAGAAGAAGCACAAAUACAGCGCAAUUCAACUGAAGGACUGGGCGUCGAAGGUGACUGAACACGAUCGACAGAAUGUUUCCAAAAUUGUACCUCUCGCGGCGKAGGGAAGCAUCGAUGAAGGAGAGGAAGGCAUUGACGCCCGAGCUGAAAGUGAGCGGGACGACUUCCUUCAGCCAAUUACUGUUCGCAUAGGACGGUCGAGGGAUAAACGUCCAAGAGCAAGCGCGAGCAGGAGUCGAUCGCAGAGUGCCGCUGCAAUCCGGGCUUCUGGUGAUGAUGUGUCAGGUAGUACCAUGUCAACAGACUCGGAGCUUUGA